AUGGCAGCUGCAGGGACUUCCCAGAGGGCUCGGCGGGCAAUGGAGGAGGAAGACGCCAAGUUGGUGUUCGAGACAUCAAAAGGGGUGGAGCCAAUAAUGAGUUUCGACGAGAUGGGCAUCAAGGACGACCUCCUUAGAGGAAUUUACAACUAUGGCUUUGAAAAGCCCUCCGCCAUCCAGCAGCGGGCCGUUCUCCCUAUUAUAUCCGGCCGCGACGUCAUUGCCCAGGCCCAGUCGGGUACUGGUAAAACUUCCAUGAUUGCACUUGCAGUAUGUCAGAUUGCAGACACCAAGUCCUCCGAGGUCCAGGCUUUGAUAUUGUCACCUACAAGGGAGCUGGCUGCUCAAACAGAGAAAGUAAUAUUGGCCAUUGGUGACUAUAUAAACAUUCAGGCUCAUGCAUGCAUUGGAGGCAAAAGUGUGGGUGAGGAUAUUAGGAAACUGGAGCACGGAGUUCAUGUGGUGUCAGGGACCCCAGGCAGAGUUUGUGACAUGAUCAAGAGGAGAACUCUAAGAACUAGAUCCAUCAAAUUAUUAAUUCUUGAUGAAUCUGAUGAAAUGUUGAGCCGUGGAUUCAAGGAUCAGAUCUAUGAUGUCUACAGAUAUCUUCCACCAGAGCUCCAGGUUGUCUUGAUUUCUGCCACUCUUCCUAAUGAGAUCCUAGAGAUUACAAGCAAAUUCAUGACAGAUCCUGUCCGCAUCCUCGUAAAACGUGAUGAAUUGACCCUAGAGGGUAUUAAGCAGUUCUUUGUGGCAGUAGAAAGAGAAGAAUGGAAAUUUGAUACUCUAUGUGAUCUGUAUGAUACCCUUACCAUCACUCAGGCUGUAAUCUUUUGCAACACAAAGCGAAAGGUGGAUUGGCUAACAGCAAAAAUGCGUGAGAAUAACUUUACUGUUUCGUCCAUGCAUGGAGACAUGCCGCAGAAAGAAAGGGAUGCAAUUAUGGCAGAGUUUAGGUCUGGUCAAACUCGGGUUCUUAUAACCACAGAUGUUUGGGCUAGGGGGCUGGAUGUUCAACAGGUUUCCCUGGUGAUCAAUUAUGACCUUCCCAACAAUCGGGAGCUUUACAUUCACCGCAUUGGACGAUCUGGCCGUUUUGGAAGAAAGGGUGUUGCAAUUAACUUUGUCAAAAGCGACGAUAUCAAAAUCUUAAGAGAUAUAGAGCAGUACUACAGUACCCAGAUCGAUGAAAUGCCUAUGAAUGUGGCAGAUCUAAUUUGA